GAGAAGGAACAUGCAGAUUUUCGGACGUGUUCGGGACAGUUAUGGUGCCUCUUGAGGGCUUGCGCACACCUCCGGAAGCCUCUGAGCAUGUCAUGGUACCGCAGGGUGAAGAAGACAGGAGGAGAAGAACAAUCAUCAACAAUUAUGCACGCUGCGUUUGUCCCCACCAGCCUCCACUGGCGAUCCGGUCAUACCGUCGAACGCCUGCACGUUCGCCUUCAUUGACUUCGCGGUCGUGGUUGUCGUCUUCCUCGUGGGCGUGGUCGUGACCGUUGAGGGUUUGGGCAUCAUUUACUCCGCCAUUUUGGCGCUGCACGCGGACCAGUAUAUCCUGGUCUUCCACGGUUUCGGCGUGUUCGACUUGUCCUUCAGCGUUUUCCUCGCCCCCUGAGCUGCCGCGUAGCUAGUUCCUGAUGCUCGCGGUGAAUUUAGUGCACGACCACUACAUCGAGAUCGCCCUCGCCCUGCUGUCGCAGUCCAAGACGUCCGACGCGGGCAAGCGGGAGAAGGCUCGAAUACGGUACCUCCUGCGUGAGAUCGUGGAGCUCCGCCGGAACAAGAUCGUUGAGGCCAUGAAGACCGAGAUCGAAGCUCAUCAAGAGGCGCUGAACGUGACCGGCAUGUCUGCCGCGGAGCGCACCUGCUUCCGCACCCGCUCCCUGUACAUCGUGGACCACUUCGUCAGCCUCCUGGCCGGGAAGAAGGUGGCCCACCUGGAGGGCGAUCCCGAGUCCGCGGACACGAUGCAGGAGGAGGACAGCCUGAGAGCGGACAGCGGCCAUUCGUAGCACUGAGCGGCUUGCGCGGGCGGUGCGCCCUCUUCCCGGAGGGCGGCUCGAGGGGCUCGACGGGGAUCGCCUUCGACUGUUCGCGAUCAGAGUCGCAGAGGCUGCCACAGCUCUCGAGCCUGGCCCAGCUCCCCGCGGCGGGGGCGCGGGGAGGGAGGCCUGGCCGGCACUCUUUGCGUCGGCCUCGCACUUGGUGUGUAGUUUAGUUUUGGGGGGUGCUUGUAGGUCGAUUCGGCAACGAAUCCAACGGCAGCGCAGGCGAAGCGCAGACUGCCGCCAGUCGCUCGGCCGCGCGUCCCGGUUGGCCCUCGGCCAGUCCGCGCACGAUUUUUUGCUAGAGGCCGCUGCUGCUGCUGCUCGGGGGGUCAGCGGCGCUGCCCUUUCUCGGCCUCUCGCUCACGCUGGGCCAAAGCCCGCUCCUCCUCCUCCUCCUCCUCCUCCUCCUCCU